AUGAGCGAGGUGUCCAUGGGGAAGCGGAUAAUGCCCGGCCGCCCGCCAGACAAGGGCUCCUUUCCGCUCGACCAUUUCAGCGAGUGCUCGAAGCUCAAGGACGAGUACCUGCAGUGCUUGAAGCAGCACAGUCACGACAACAUGUCGUGCCGGUAUUUGUCCAAGCGGUACCUGCAGUGCCGCAUGGAUAAAAACCUGAUGACAAAAGAGCCGAUGCACCAGCUUGGCUUCACGGAAGAGGAGGUCUCGCCAGCACCAGCGAGGAAAAAGGAGAAGAAAAAGUCAAAAGAGGAGACUGGGUGGAUUGUGGGAAUUGAUGGCAUUAAGCCGGAGCGCAGCAACGAAUGGCGGAGGCCUACACUCGUGAACAUCCGGGCAUUUGUUUCGGGCGCCAAGAGGGAGGAUGAGCCAUCCUGA